UUUAAACCCAUCCAUAAUAUUAUUUUUCACCAUACCCUCUCUCGUCGUGGAUUCUUUAUCGAGGGAAGUCACACGCAAGGCUACAACAAAUACUCUUUCGGCAUCGCAUUCAUUGACUGCUUCCUGAACAACUUACCCCCACCCCAGUCGCUCAAAAAAUGCAAAGAUCUCAUAGCUCACGGAGUGAAAAUCGGAGCUAUACGACCGGACUAUGACCUCCUGGCCCACUCACAGUGCAGACCUUUUCUGAGUCCUGGUGAAAAACUAACGGAAGAAAUUAAAACGUGGAAGAAUUUCAAUUCAGAAGUUAGUGUGCAGAAACCGGGGAUUUCUUUCGAAGACGACUAG